UUCAUUGCAUCCAUUUUUGUGCAUUUAAGAAAUCUCCAAAAAUUAUAAACCUGGAGGAAAGCGAGAAAGAGAGAGUGUGGGGCUAGGACCAGAAAGAAAAACAAACAAACAAGAGAAGAGGCGACGUCUUUAUUUCAACAUGCGAGCAAACCCAUUCUAAAGGAUGACCGCGAUGGGUUAGACAGGAUUUAACAUGAUUGCAAAAUAAAAGCAAUUGUGUGUAGCGAUGUCAGCUCCACUCGGGCCCCGGGGCCCAGGCGCCCCCCCGCCGGCUGGAGCCCUACCCGACCUGCCGGACCUCAGCCACCUCACCGAGGAUGAGAGGAAGAUCAUCCUGGGCGUCAUGGACCGACAGAAAAAGGAAGAUGAGAAGGAACAGUCAAUGCUAAAGAAGUUGCACCAGCAGUUUGAGAGCUACAAGGACCAGGUGAAGAAGAUGGGGGACGAUACGACCCCGCAGACGGGGACGACAGGAGAACCCCAGAAGAACCCCAAUGACUCUCCUACCUGCGGGAUUUGCCACAAAACCAAAUUCGCUGACGGGUGCGGCCACCUCUGUUCAUAUUGCCAAACGAAAUUCUGUGCUCGGUGCGGAGGACGAGUGUCUCUGCGGUCAAAUAAGGAGGACAAAGUGGUUAUGUGGGUAUGCAACUUGUGCCGAAAACAACAAGAAAUCCUAACCAAGUCGGGAGCGUGGUUCUACAGCAGCGCCGCAGGGCCACGGGGCGGGUCUGAGGGCCCCAGGGGUCGACGUCACGAGGAGGCUCCCCAGGAGAAGAAGGCCAAACUGCAGCAGGAUCUCCUCUACCAGGGGCCCCCAGGGGACAUAUCAGCAGAUAGAAGCAGACCUCCCGGGCUCCCCAGACAAGGCUCCCUCAACAACGGCUCAGGGCUGAGGCACUCAGGUCAAGGACAGGACAUAGACAGGAAACGAAGCCCAUCAGCAUCUAGGGAUACAAACCAAAAAUACGACCAAAGGGAGGAGCGGGGUCAGUAUGCCCCGGGGGACGGCACCAUGCCCAGAUCACCGUCCGACUACGGGGAUGGGGACCCUCGGCGUGGGGCCCCACGGAGGUACCAAGACGCUGAGGCGGCGCGGGGGGAGUAUCGUGGUGGGCGUGGCCGCUGGCGCUCCCAGGAGGACUACCCUCUGGACCAGGACGGGCCCUACCCUCUAGACGGGCCCUACCCUCUAGACGGGCAGCCCAGUGAGUACGAGCUGCAGCGCCAGCGCCAGGAGGAGUACCAGACACGCUACCGCUCCGACCCCAACCUAGCCCGUUACCCCGUCAAGCCCCAGCCCUACGAGGAGCAGAUGAGGAUGCAUGCUGAGGUGGGCCGGGCCAGGCACGAGAGGCGCCACAGUGAUGUGUCUCUGGCCUACACGGAGCAGGACGAGCCCCAGGGACCAAUCCGCCUGUCCAGACAGCAUCUGACCGAGCGCCGGCCGCCCAUGGUGGGCCAACGCUCCUACUCCAUGGACAGAAACUCCCCCACCCCUGGAGGCCACCACCGGACCUCCAACCACAGCCCCCCCACCCCACACCGCAGCCCCGUGCUGGGGGAUAGGUCAGGGGACAUGAGGCGGGGGCCAGGGGAGCCAAUAGGGUUCAGGGGUCAUGAUUAUCUGGACCCCAGCUCUGCAGUCAGGAAGACCAAGAGGGAGAAGAUGGACACCAUGUUGAGGAACGACUCUCUGAGCUCUGACCAGUCCGAGUCCAUCAGGCCGCCGCCACCAAAGCCCCACAAAACCAAAAAGGGGGGUAAGAUGCGGCAAGUGUCCCUGAGCAGCUCGGAGGAGGAACUGGCCACCACGCCAGAGUACACCAGCUGUGAGGACGUGGAGAUAGAGAGUGAGUCUGUCAGUGAGAAAGGGGACAGUCAAAGGGGGAAAAGAAAAACUAUUGAGCAGGCAUUUUUGUCCGACUCAACACACAACACCUUAUCUGAGAGGCAAAAGAAAAUGGUUCGCUUUGGGGGCCACUCAUUGGAAGAGGACGCAGAAUGGUGCGAACCCCAGGUUAAAGACUCUGGCGUUGACACAUGCAGUAGCACUACCCUAAACGAGGACAAUCAGCAUAGCCAUAGUGAGAAGAAUCCAGUGACAUGGCAGCCCUCCAAAGAUGGGGAGCGCCUAAUAGGGCGGAUUCUGCUCAACAAGCGGAUGAAGGAUGGAAGUGUACCUCGAGACUCAGGAGCACUGCUGGGACUGAAGGUGGUGGGUGGAAAGAUGACAGAAUCUGGUAGACUUUGUGCUUUCAUCACUAAAGUGAGGAAAGGAAGUCUAGCGGAUACUGUUGGACACCUCAGACCAGGCGACCAGGUGCUGGAGUGGAACGGGAGGUUUUUACAAGGAGCCACAUUUAAAGAAGUUUACAAUAUCAUUCUAGAAUCAAAGCCAGAACCCCAGGUGGAACUGGUGGUCUCAAGGCCCAUAGGAGAUAUUCCUCGGAUACCAGACAGCACACAUGCACAACUGGAAUCAAGUUCGAGUUCCUUUGAGUCUCAGAAGAUGGAUCGCCCCUCUAUCUCUGUCACGUCUCCCAUGAGCCCCGGGAUGCUGCGGGAUGCCCCCCAGUACCUGUCAGGACAGCUCUCAAGCCAAAGCCUUAGUAGAAGAACAGCGCCUUUUGUCCCUAGGGUCCAGGUCAAACUGUGGUAUGACAAAGUGGGCCAUCAGCUAAUAGUGACCAUCCUGGGAGCCAAGGACCUGCCUUCUAGGGAAGAUGGCCGCCCCAGGAACCCUUACGUCAAAAUCUACUUCCUCCCUGACAGAAGUUUGAAUUAUUGUUCCUCCAGCGACAAAAGCAAGAGGAGAACAAAAACGGUAAAGAAAUCCUUAGAGCCCAAAUGGAACCAGACCUUUAUGUAUUCUCCUGUGCACCGGCGGGAGUUCCGUGAGCGCAUGUUGGAGAUCACCCUGUGGGACCAGGCCAGGGUCAGGGAGGAGGAAAGCCAGUUCCUGGGAGAGAUACUGAUAGAGCUGGAGACAGCCCUGCUGGAUGAUGAGCCUCACUGGUACAAGCUGCAGACCCACGACGUGUCCUCCAUGCCCCUCCCCCGCGCCUCGCCCAACCCCCAGCGCAGACAGCUCCACGGAGAGAGCCCCACGCGGAGGCUACCCAUACAGAGAUCUCAGAGAAUCAGCGACAGUGAGAUCUCUGACUAUGACUGUGAAGACGGUGUUGGGGUAGUGUCAGACUACCGGCAGAACGGCAGGGACCUUCAUAGUUCCACGUUGUCUGUCCCAGAGCAGGCGAUGUCAUCCAACCACUGCUCGCGGUCGGCAGACAUGAACCGUGCGCGGUCGCGGUCCCCCAGCGUUCCCCCUCCACAGAGCAGAAGCCUGGACCCCGGCUAUGACAUUGACCCCGCCUCAUCUCAGUACAGCUCCUCCAGUAGAGUGGACCGGCGCAGUGUGUCCGAUGACCACCACUCACCUGACAGCCGCAACCACCGCAUAUCCAACAUCAGUCGAGAAGAGGCUGUCAGGUUACUGCGCUCCACUAGGAUGUCCCGAGCCCACUCAGAGGGCGCGUACUCCUCCUCUGCUUCCGUCGACUAUGACUACAAGAGGAACCACGGAGCCGUUGACAGGCAUGUGUAUCACAGCAGGUCCAGGUCAGCUGACCAGCGUCCCGCGCUAGAGCGCACCACCACCUCCCGCUCGCGGUCCACGGAGCGGCCUGACUCCGCCCUCAUGAGGUCCAUGCCGUCUUUACCCUCCGGACGCUCCGCCCCUCCCUCACCUGCCUUAACGAGGGCGAACCCCCGCAGCGGAUCGGCCCAAACCAGCCCCACCAGUACCCCCAUGUCCGACAGGAGAGGAGGUCGGCAACUACCACAGCUUCCACCCACAGGGACCAAGGGCAGAAAAGACACGGACUCACCAGGUUGGACCAGCUCAGGUGCUAUGGAUGUGGAGGAGAGGACCAGACAGAUGAAGCUGAAGGUGAACAAGUUCAAGCAGGGGGCCGUGUGCGACUCCAGACUGGAACAGGACUACAACAAGAGGAGGGAUGGUCAGCGGGGUUCAGACAACAUGUCAGCCAAGUCUUCGGACAGUGAUGUAAGCGACGUGUCCGCUGUGUCGAGAACCAGUAGUGCCUCUCGGUUCAGCAGCACGAGCUACAUGUCUGUCCAAUCAGAACGUCCGCGAGGAAAGCAGAAGAUCAGUGACUUUGCGUCCAAAAUGAAAAACAGGCAGUUGGGCACGUCAUCAGGAAGUAUGAACAUGACCAAGAGCACAAGUAUCGGUGGAGACAUGUGCAACCUGGAGAAGACGGACGGCAGCCAAUCGGACACGGGCGUGGGCAUGGUAGGCGGGGACGAGGAUAAGAAGAGGCGCUCCAGUAUUGGUGCCAAAAUGGCGGCAGUGGUUGGCCUCUCGCGGAAAAGCAGGAGUACCUCUCAGCUCAGCCAAACAGAAGCCGGUGGGAAGAAGCUUCGCAGCACCGUGCAGAGGAGCACAGAGACGGGCUUGGCCGUAGAGAUGAGGAGCAGGAUGACUCGGCAGGCCAGCAGAGAGUCCACCGACGGCAGCAUGAACAGCUACAGCUCCGAGGGAAACCUGAUCUUCCCUGGUGUGAGACUGUCCUCCGACGCCCAGUUCUCUGACUUCCUGGAUGGACUAGGCCCAGCCCAGCUGGUUGGACGACAGACGCUAGCUACACCACCCAUGGGUGACAUCCAGAUUGGAAUCGUGGACAAGAAAGGAGCGCUGGAGGUGGAAGUGAUCCGAGCCCGUGGCCUUGUGGGAAAACCAGGUUCCAAGGCACUGCCAGCACCAUAUGUAAAGGUGUAUCUUUUGGAAAACGGAGCCUGCAUAGCCAAAAAGAAAACAAAAGUAGCAAGAAAAACCUUGGACCCCCUUUACCAGCAGCAACUGCCUUUCGAAGAGGCUCCUGGAGGGAAGGUUCUACAGAUCAUCGUAUGGGGAGACUACGGACGCAUGGACCAUAAAUCCUUUAUGGGAGCAGUUCAGAUACUUUUAGAUGAGCUGGACCUGUCUAACAUGGUGAUUGGCUGGUUCAAGCUCUUUCCUCCUUCCUCAUUGGUGGACCCUACCUUGGCCCCCUUGACAAGAAGAGCUUCCCAAACGUCAUUGGAUAGCCGGUCAUAGCAGUGUGUGGACUGAUAGCAUUGUUGUAGCAGCAGCACCCAGUGUUGAGGUUAAACAAGCUGCGACAGACCGGUCACGCCCCCCGGUUACACUGCAUGCUUGAUGUUGUGUCUUCUGAGCCUGUUUCUAGGGGUGCAAACGUGAUCCUGUGUUUUGAGCAAAAUGUCGCACACAUUGUGCGUAGCGAGCGUCGCUCCCUCGGCCGGGUCGGAGCGCCAGCUCAGAUUGGAAGGCCGUAACGGACUCCUUAGCACCAGGAAUUGUCUCUAAAUCGAGCGAUUCCAGGUUUUCAUCCAAUCUUAAGCCAUGGGGGUCGAAACUGGGAACCCGCUCGAUGAGUUCUACAGAAGCCCUUUUCGAAUGAAAAAUACAUGUUUUAGUUUUUAAUUAAUUAUUUUGUUUUUUGUUUGUAUUAUUGUCGAUUUACUUGUAUACCUGAAGGGGUGACUGACAGUGUUGUCCUGUCCAGAAGCUUGGUCACGCCACGCCAACAGAACUAGCUAGAUAUGUAAAUGGAACUAUGAGGAUCAUUGCAAUAGGAGAGGUGGGGUGUCCCAACUAAAGCUCAAACUCUGAAUAUGAGGCCCUAUAUAAAUACCUAUAGGUAGUAGAUCACACCAGAGAGACAAUACUAAAGUUACUAAAGGCAAUACAGAAGUGGCUACUGUACUAUCGACACUCCAGAAUCUAUUGAUCAGAACCCACAACAAGACUAACUUUUAUGACCUAACAUUAUUAUUUCUCUGUUGAUAUAUUGUAUGAAAUUUAAAUGAAGAUUUAAAAAAAAAAAAAAUGUAAUGAUUUUUUUGCAUGGACAAAAA